UGCAAGAUAACAAGUGGUCAUCAAAACAAAACAAAUGGGCAUUGUAGAAAUACAAUCAGAUUUAUAACCUAAAAAAACAUUUGAGAUGUACAGUAUAUUUACACCUUCACAAGUUCACAACUGCUAUUCUCAAAAAAAAAGUUCACAACUGCUUCUGGAGAAACACACAAAGGGAAAGCGUCCAAACUCCAAAUCAGUGUCAUAGCACUAAAUGAUGAUGAAAAUAGCUCUGUAAGAGCAGAGGAUUGUUUUGGAAUCAGCUUCUAAGCUCCAUCAGUUGGUGAAGAAGACUGUUUAGACUCAUGGCCUUCCCCAAUGUCCACAUCCUUAUUAUUAGCUGUCGCAAUUAAAGAUGACGAUGAAGACUCACAACCUCCAUCUCUCUUCUUCUCAGCACAGCUCUCUUCAUCGGACAUGCCAAGAUGUAACUAUUGAAGCAAGGUUUGAGUGAGAAGAACAAGGAUUGUUGUCAACUGCUGAAUAAGUGGGUUAAAGCAGGCACAUCAUGUCAAACUAAGACCCCAUUUGGCAGCCAUUUCCAGCUUAUACUGUGUAUCAACUCAUGAAGAAUAAUAAGGGCUUGUUCGUUAAGGGCUAUAAAGAUGAUUUUCAUCAAGUAAAAGCAUUUAGUAGAAUCAACUUCAUCCAAACAAAACAAGUAAAAGUAUACAGUAUACUUAUUAUGAUUAGUGACUAACUUGUGAUAUUAUGAGCAAACAUUUAAGGUCCCAUUUAGUAAGGUAUUGUGAGUGUUGAACAAUAGGUAGGUCUGAAAAUGUAUAUAAAUUCCAUACCUCUUUGAAAGUUAGAAGGCAGAAAUUUGAAAUGAUAUUACUUGCAAACCAGCAUAUAUUCUUGUUUACUUACAAAGCUCAAACUUCAGGUAAUUCUUGUUUCUAUCAUUAUGUUCUCCUCUUCUGAAUGGGAAAUUAUUUUUAUACUCCGUAUUACUUAAAUUUGAGGGAAUCUAAUUCAAACAUGAAUUAUGAAAAACAUUUACUUUCUCAUUCAAUAAUUUAACGUAUACUUUGAAUCUGGUCGUGCAUUUCUUUUUUAUCUGACUUGUUCAUGUUACAAACUUGUUAUCCUCCACUAACUACUCCCUCCGUUUCUGAAACAAGUUCCACCUUACCUUUUCGGGUAGUUCCAAAAUAAAGUUCCACUUUAUAUAUUUGAUAACUUUUUCCAAUCCAUUUACUAUUUUACCCCAUAUCCCUUUUCUAUAUUUUCCCCAUUUACUACUCCAUGUUUUUUAUCCCCCUACGCACCUCACAUCAAUCUCUCCUUUGUCAGCGUCUCUCCCCCCCCCCCCCUUCUGCAACCCUUCAUUCCCCCACCUCCACCCUCCUCCGUCGCCACCGUUCGUAAACCCCUUCCGUCGUUACCCCCUGCAGCUCCCCCUACGCUACCCCUCAAAACUCCUUCCAUCGCAACCCCUCUCUGAAACCCUUCUUCUCUGAAACCCAUCUAUCGCUACAUUGAAACCCACCGGCCUCUACCACUUCCACGGUGCAUGGAUCCAUCUCAUCCGAAAUCGUCUCCACCUUUACAUGGACUUGACGAACCCUCAUCUCCAAAGCCAGAUCCGCAAGUUUCAUCCCCUAUUUCAGAAUCUCAUAGGCCAUUUCCUCUUAAACUUUGUGUUGUGCGGUUCAGAAGUCAGGAUUCGUCUGAAUCUGAUCCCGACUGGUGGAUCCGGAAGAAAUAUGGUUCAAAUCUUGUUUCUGAUACCUACAAUGGAUUACAAGGUUUCGAGGAUUCCGAAGGAGAAGAAGUCAAUUCGGGAGUGGUGAUGGAUGGACUGUCGGACAAGGAAGAGGAAGGCAGCGUGGGGCUGCAUGCAGAGGAUGGCAGUGACGGCGGGGAAGAAGAGGAAGGCAGGAAGGGGAUAGAUUCAGAUGACAAGAAUGAAGGAAAAGGGUAGUACUCAUCUUAAACCCUUUUUCAUUUUAUUGCACUGAUUUUAUGUGAUGUAUGUGUUGCAUAUGUGUUGUUGCCCGUAUAUGUGUGAUGUCAGUGUAUAUGUGUUGUAAUGUGAAAUGUGAUGCCUAUGCAUAUGUGUAGUAACCUGAAAUGUGUGGUGAUGAUAUGGUGAACCCCAUUUCAAACUGAUGAUGAUAGGGGCCUUAUUGUGUUGCUUUAUGGUAGACAUGAGAUUGUUUAACAGUGUGUGUAUAUUCCAAUCUUGCAUUUGACUUGCAUACAUUACCAAAAAUCACCAUUUUCUUACAUUUGGGUAAAAAUUAAAUUGGUGUACACUAUGUUGGUCAAUACAUAUUGCAUUGCAUUGUCUGCCAACUACUAUGUGCUUACAAAAAUGUGCACUACUAAAGUACUACCAAAAAUAUAUGCACUAUCACAAAAACUUAACUGAAUUCAAUGCAAUCUGAUAGUUCAAGUGUGAAGGUGUGGUACAUCUUCAAACAUGAACUCAUGCCUUUCCAUUGCUGCCUAUCAUGUGGUAGUUGCGACAUGUGCCAUUGCUAUCUCAUAUAGUUCUUGAGAGAUUUGCACAUUGUUUGGUAGCUGCCCCUGCCUGUGUAAUCUGUCCUUACCCAUGUGCUUCAAUUUGAAAUUGUUUCCACCAUUCUGUGUAAUCACAUGUUCCAUUACACAUUGAUAGCUUAAGAAUACCUUGUUGAGUGUUGUUGGUGUCAGCUCAUUAAAUGAUGUGAUAGUUUUGAGAGCUUUCUGAUAUUUAAUGGCAUCUAUUGCCCUGAAAAACCCCAAGUCCAAGACAUUAAGGUCUGCACUAUUAGGUGGUUGACAUGUCAAUUGGAUAUUCCAUCCAUCCUCAGUCCCUUCUCUCACAAAAUCAGGAUCAUUAAUGUCAAUAUGAGGCCUUGCAUUGUCCUGUUGAAUGAUAACUCUCCUGUUGUCUGCAUCUGGCCAUGUCUGUUUUAUUGCUGGCAAUGGUUCAUUCAGUAUCAUCUCUUUGAUGACUAAACGUGUAAUGUUUACUGAUGCCUUUGUCUCUAGUGUUUCUGUUGGUCUAUUUUUACUGCUUCUUUUGGUUGUGUCUUCAUAAGUGAAAGGAAAGAUCCCCACUUUCUCAUCCCACAAUACUUUCUCAUUGUCCCUCAGUCUUGGUCUCCCCACAGCUGCUAAGAACAUGAUUUUUGGUGUGGAUUUUUUUGACUGAGCAGUCCCGUAGGGGUCCUCUUCACUGGGAGUGGUGUAGAAAGUGGUGGUUUCUUUGGACAAAUAAAACCACUUCUCAUCUAUGUGUAUGGUAUCAUAGAAGUCAUGAAAUGUACGGGUAGAGGGCAGUGAGACAGGAGUAAUGUGUUUCAAGCAAAAGUGUAACCUCUUUGGCUUUCCCAAAUCACUUAAUAGGGGUCUGAUUGCAUUGGAGUGCCUUUUGAGUUAUUUCCUUUUAACCCACCUAUGUAAUGUGGUCUGUGACCCACCCAUGGCAAAGGCCAAAGCCCUCAUGUUUUUCCUUUGGUGAUAUGGAAUGUCUGCCACUUUUUGCAAGUCAAGUGUAUAUGGUUUUCUCCCCACAUGUCUCUUCUCUUGCUCUGCACAUUAAUUGCUAGGUUUAACUGCAAUUCUUGUUUUGAUUUGCGCCACAGUUUUUGGAUCGUCUUUGUUGAUACAUUGAAUUCCAAAGCUAUUUUCUUGAUAAGGCCCCUCUGAAGUUUAAGACCCUGUGAAUUGCUUAACAUAAUUUGCACAAUUCUUUUUCUUUAGUCAUCAGUAAGUUUGGGACAUUUUCUGUGCAUACCUUGUUGUUGAGAUGAUUCCCCUCCCUAUUGUAUUUCUA